CUUGUGUUUGCCUUGGGUUUGACUUGUGUUUGACUUGUGUUCUACUAGAGAUUGUGUCUGUCUGACCUGCAGUUUGAUUCGGACUCGUCUCUAAUGAGUGUUGAGUCUCAGACUGUAUGUAACGUUUGACUCGGACUUGGGUUUUAACUCUGUGCUUGGUGUUUGGAGUAACAGACUGGAUCUUGACGGAGCUGAAGGGUUCCUCUCUGGGCUUCUGUGUGAGGAGCUGGAUCACAGCUUCUCAAAAUAGCAGCGGUGAUGAUCUCAGAGAAAAACACUCGGCAUUCCUGCAAAACCAAAAUAAACAGAGGACAGAAAAGUCUGGAGUAGCGUCAUGGAAGAGGGGAGGAAAGAGUGGGAGGGAUGGGAGAUAUACAAAAGCUGAGUGUGUCUGAAGCCCCUCCCUCCCUCUGUUCUCCCCACAGGGAGGAGGGGGAGGAGAGAGGAGCAGCUGGAAGCUCAGAAGAGAGGAGGACGAGCAUGAAGGAGCUUCACUGAGCAGGAAACACACACCGCACUGAUGGGAAACUCGGACAGUCUCGCCGUCCCUCCGGCCACGCCCCCUGCUUUGCUGGGUUCCUCCUGCAGGAGGGAGGAGGAGCCGUCGGCCCGAAGCUGGUGGAGGAGUCAGGGAGGGAGCGGGAGGCGGGGGAGGACCUACACCCCCCAGCCCUGCAGCUCCUGGAGCUACGAGCCCAGAGCAGCCCCCCCUGAAAGGCAACACGCAGGGAUCUACUCGGGGGGGAAUAACAGGGCUGGUGGGGGGGGUGACUCCCCCAAAGUGCUGCUCACUAAAGAUGGCAUCAUGAGGGUGCAGUUCACCAGCAGGGGGGGAGUGGAGGCGCCAGUGCACCCCCCACAAGGAGCUGAUCCCCGCCCCAGUAAGGGCAGCUCGCUCAGUUCCGACGGGUCCUGGUACGACUCCCCGUGGGGGGGAGAGCUGAUGGACCACCCCCCCUCCACCACCACCUCCCCCUGCUACACCUUCUCCUCUGGAUCCCCCCCCCACACCGGCUCCUCAGGGGGGACGGAGGACAGUGGCCUCGGCGACUCCCUGAUUCUGAUCCCCGCCCUGCAGACUCUGCAACCAUCAUGGCCCCUGGUGGACCCCCCCGCCUUCCCAUCCUCAGCACUGGUGCUGCAGCAUAACUGUUCCCCGCCCGCUCCCGCCCCCGGGAACAGCCGCAAAGACUUCCUGAAGAGCAUCCGCCGACUCAGCGACUGGACCGGAAGUCUGAGCCGGAAGAAGAGGAGGGUCCAGGAUCUGUACGGCAGCGCUGAAGGUUUCAUGACAGGGCCGGACUCGGGGCUGUGGACCUGCAACCCUCUGCACGCUCUGAACCAGAACCAGGAGCAGUACCAGGUCCCAGUGUUCCCCUGGAGGAGUCUGAACCGGAAUCGGAGCAGCGAGGAGGUCCAGCGGCAGAACGUCUACCAGAACUUCAUGCAGGAGCUGAAGACGGGCUGCAGCAGCGAGGAGGAGGAGGAGGAGGAGGAGGAGGAGGAGGAGGAGGAGGAGCUGUUAGAGGAGCAGGAGGUUCUGUCAGAGGAGGAGGGGUUGGUGCGCCGGGCUGGCUGGCUCUCCUUCAAACCUCUCCUCACCCUGAACAGAGACAGGAAGCUUGAGCUGGUGUCACGCCGCCGGUGGAGACGAUACUGGGUUUCUCUGAAAGGCUGCACGCUGCUGUUCUAUGACGGUAAGAGCGUGAGCUCGGAUGCCGAAUCGUCUCCGCGCUGCGCCGUGCUGACGGAGGGCAGUCUGGUGCAGAAUGUGCCGGAACAUCCCAAGAGAGAAAACGUGUUCUGCCUGAGCAACGGACACGCCGACGUCUACCUGCUGCAGGCCACCAGCCAGCCGGACCUGGAGACCUGGGUAACGGCGCUGCACUCUGCGAGCGCGGCGCUGCAUGCGCGGCGGAGGGGGGGUGGCGACACGCUGCGCCUUCUCCACCUGCAGAGCAGAGAGCUGCUGCACCACAUCGACACGGACGGCAGGAUGAAGAAGAUGGCCGAACUGCAGCUGUCCGUCAUCAGGGAGGCGGGCAGCAGGAGGGCCGUGCAGAGCCAGAUCCAGCAGUGGGAGCAGAACCUGGAGCAGCUGAACCUGGACCUGUUCCGGUUUCGCUGCUAUCAGUCCAGCCUGCAGGGCGACGAACCCCCCAACCCCAAAAACCUCCUCGCAGUGGCAACGCGGCCCACAAAGUGCAUGCUGGGACGCCUGGGGGUUUUCUCGGUGAACUCCUUCCACGCCCUGGUGUGCAGCAGGGGCGAGGGGACGCUGCGCCGGCGCUGCGGGGGGGGGCGACUGCCGUCUUCUCUGAAGGCGCCGGACACGACAAAGGGACGAAGCCGGACCAGGACCAGCACCCAGGAGUGUGAGCGUCUCUCCGGAGGUCUCACUGUGAUGUCUGCAGAGGGCUAUGACGGCGUUAUGCUUCCUGACAACGAGCUACAGAGAGAGAAUGCGGAGCAGGUCCACACUCUCUACCAAACCUUCCCAGAAUGCCGAGCGGCGGAGCCUGAUGUCCCCAGGAACCCGUACGGUGAGGGGAACCACACCCACUUGAGCCCCCCCCACCUGAGCACCCCCCACCUCACCCAGAGCCAGCGACUGAGGAAGGUCAUCCAGGAGCUGGUGGACACCGAGAAGUCCUACGUCAAGGACCUGGUGUGUCUGUUCGACCUGUACCUGACGCCGCUGCAGACGGAGAGCUUCCUCAGUAAGGAAGAGAUGGAGGCGUUGUUCGGCAGCCUGCCGGAGAUGUUGGACUUCCAAAGAGUUUUCCUGCAGACGCUGGAGGAGAAGAUCACUUCCUGUCCAAACCUGGAGACGCCUGCACAGCUGCAGAAACUGCUCUUGUCGCUGGGCGGAUCUUUCCUGCAUUACGCCGAUCUCUUUAAGCACUACAGCGGCUUCUGUGCGAACCACCUCAAAGUGCAGAAGGUCCUGGAGAGAGCAAAGACAGACGCAGCCUUUAAGCACUUCCUGGAGACGAGGAAUCCGACCAAUCAGCACUCAGCAUCGCUGGAGUCGUUCCUGAUCAAACCUGUGCAGCGGAUCCUGAAAUAUCCUCUGCUGCUGCGAGAGCUGGUGACCCUGACCCCCCCACACACACCUGAGCAAACACACCUCACAGAGGCGCUGCGGGCGAUGGAGGACGUGGCAUCGCACAUCAACGAAAUGCAGAAAAUCUACGAGGAGUUCGGCAGUGUGUUCGACCAGCUGGCUGCAGAACAGACUGACACACAGGUAGUGGGGCUCUCGAUGGGGGGGUUCCUGCUGUGUUCCCCGGUGCUGUGGUUGAACCCGCUGCCCAGCCUUCGCCUGAAGAAGGAGCCGGAGCUCACGCUGUUCGUGUUUAAACGUGCCGUCGUCCUGGUGUACCGGGAGAGCAUCAAGCUGAAGAAGAAGAUGACCUCCUCUCGAUCAGCUGAUCUGGACCCUUUCAGGUUCCGCUGGUUAAUCCCAGUCUCCCAGGCUCAGGUCCGACCGGCCAACAUCGCAGGCUCGGGCAGCGAGUGUGUGUGGGAGCUGGUUCACUGCAGGUCGGAGGUCGAGGGUCGGCCAGAGACCGUGUUCCAGAUGUGCAGCAGUGACGUGGAGAUGAAGGCCCGUGUGCUCUGCGCUCUGCGGCCCCUCCUGAGAGCCCGGGCCCCCCCCGGCUCCCAGAAAAGGCCCCGGCUGUCUGCACAGAGGAGGAAGCAGCCGGGGCCUCACCUGCAGCCCGGGAGGGGGGGCUCCGUCCUGGGGGAGACCUGCUCGGAGCCCAUGCUGCCCCCCCACGGCCCCCCGACCCCCAGGAGCCAACUCUGCUCGCUGACUGGAGAUCUGGAGGCUCAGCUGCAGAUGCUGCGCUUCACUGAGGUGGGGGCGGAGCCAGGAUGGUGUGGGAGGAGGAGCUCCAACCUGGGGGGGCUCCUGGAGAGAGACUUCAGUGUUCACAGUAUGACCUCCAUGAUCAGCGAGGACUGUUUCUAUGACGGGGUGCAGCGGGGGAGGAUGCAGGCCCCCUCCCUGCAGGGCUGACACAUCGAGCUGCAACCGGAAAUACACUCGGGAGGGACCGAUCAUCAUGUCGUCUUUAAACUGGAAUCACCUAAUCUCAAAAUCAGCUACAGUCAGCUACAGUUAGCUACAGUCAGCUACAGUUAGCUACAGUUAGCUACAGUCAGCUACAGUUAGCUACAGUUAGCUACAGCUACAGUAGCUACAGUUAGCUACAGUUAGCUACAGUCGACUAGAGUUAGCUAUAGUCAGCUACAGUCAGCUAAAGUCCGCUAGAGUUAGCUAUAGUCAGCUACAAUUAGUUACAGUUAGUUACAGUCAGCUAGAGAUAGCUACAGUCAGCUACAGUUAACUACAGCCAGUUACAGUUAGCUACAGUCAGCUACAGCCAGCUACAGUCAGCUACAGCCAGCUACAGUCAGCUAGAGUUAACUACAGUCAGCUAGAGAUAGCUACAGUUAACUACAGCCAGCUACAGUUAACUAGUUAGCUAGAGUUAGCUACAGUCAGCUAGAGAUAGCUACAGUUAACUACAGCCAGCUACAGUUAACUAGUUAGCUACAGUCAGCUACAGCCAGUUACAGUUAGCUACAGUUAGCUAGAGCCAGCUACAGUCAGCUAGAGCCAGCUAUAGUCAGCUAGAGUUAGCUACAGUCAGCUAGAGAUAGCUACAGUUAACUACAGCCAGCUACAGUUAACUAGUUAGCUACAGUCAGCUACAGCCAGUUACAGUUAGCUACAGUCAGCUAGAGCCAGCUACAGUCAGCUAGAGUUAGCUACAGUCAGCUAGAGUUAGCUACAGUCAGCUAGAGCCAGCUACAGUCAGCUACAGUCAGCUAGAGUUAGCUACAGUCAGCUAGAGUUAGCUACAGCCAGCUACAGUCAGCUAGAGAUAGCUACAGUCAGCUAGAGUUAGCUACAGUCAGCUAGAGCCAGCUACAGUUAGCUACAGUCAGCUAGAGCCAGCUACAGUCAGCUACAGUCAGCUACAGUUAGCUACAGUCAGCUAGAGUUAGCUACAGCCAGCUACAGUCAGCUAGAGAUAGCUACAGUCAGCUAGAGUUAGCUACAGUCAGCUAGAGCCAGCUACAGUUAGCUACAGUCAGCUAGAGUUAGCUACAGUCAGCUAGAGCCAGCUACAGUCAGCUACAGUUAGCUACAGUCAGCUAGAGUUAGCUACAGCCAGCUACAGUCAGCUAGAGAUAGCUACAGUCAGCUAGAGUUAGCUACAGUCAGCUAGAGCCAGCUACAGUUAGCUACAGUCAGCUACAGUUAGCUACAGUCAGCUAGAGCCAGCUACAGUCAGCUACAGUUGGCUACAGUCAGCUAGAGAUAGCUACAGUCAGCUACAGUUAGCUACAGUCAGCUAGAGCCAGCUACAGUUAGCUACAGUCAGCUAGAGCCAGCUAUAGUCAGCUACAGUCAGCUAGAGUUAGCUACAGUCAGCUACAGUCAGCUAGAGAUAGCUACAGUCAGCUAGAGAUAGCUACAGUUAGCUACAGUUAGCUACAGUCAGCUACAGUCGGCCAGAAAGUCCUGACACAUCUAAACAAAUAACCAAGACGCCCGGGAAAAUGUCAUCAUUCAUAAUGAUCUGGGAUAAUAAAAACGAGAACUGACGUUUUAUUCAAUAAUUGAACUCAAAUAUGAGUUUUCAGUCGCCAUGUGUUAGGCUGCUUCCACUAACAAACCUACACCACACUCAGGAAAUAUGGAACAAAUGUUGUAUUUUUUCAAGAAUACCGAAGAGGAUUCAACAGAACGACGGGGGAAUAUUUCAUAUUCCUGUCAGGAGGAAAUGUUCGUCUGUAACCUGCUUUGUAUUCUGGAGCAAAGACUCAAUAAUUACCUCAAAAGCUAAACAACAUGAACAUCUGGAGUUAUUUCUACUGAGAUCAUCGGAGGUUGUAGAUGUGUUUCUUGUACCGUUUAUUUCUCAGUUGUAGUUUCAUAUUUUGACCAAAGCAGUCCAGAUACACACCUCUGCAGCUGCUGGAUCCUACCUGUUGUAUAUCUCAGUCUCUGACGGGAACACUAAUAGUGUUUUAUUUCAAAUCAAAUGAACUCACGUUAUUUUUAUGAACUGGUAAGUGUUUGGUAAUUUAUUUUCUUACAUAUCUGUAUAGCUUCUUAAUGAUGAUGUUAAAAAAAACAAUAAAUAAGU